UUUGGGAACAAUAUUUUGCGUGCGGGAACUAAAAAAAUAAUAUUUACGAGUUGAGAUUUUCUCCCUGGUUUUGGAAUUUUUUGUUCUCAAUUAUCGGUCGUUUUGACUAACGAAAAGUUCGAUCUUUUACGAUAUGGUUCGAAUAUUAGCAAACGGCGAUGUCGUUCAAGACGAUGAUCCACGUCUGCAACAGAGGACAAACACCGGCACCAGAUAUGGUACAAUUAACUCCCAGGACAGUGGUUAUGAUGAACAACAAUCCGCUGGAGGUGCUGGCGACGCAAUGCCGUACCAUGGAGGGCAAGCUCGCUACCAAGAAGGCCCAACUUUAUUUGACACCUGGAACCAAAAACUAAUAGACAUUGGAAUUCCUCGUUGGAAUAUUGGAAACAACACUAUCGAGCCGCUUAUGACUGUAAUGUUCCUGCUUGUGAUGUUGAUAUUUGGGCUCCCCGGACUUAUGUUUCUUGGACUUUUGUAUCUUAUAAUAAGGAUAAGUAACAGAAAUAAUACAAUGCCUAAUAAUAGAGGAGAUGGGAGACCAGCCUUCAGAAGACCUAACCCCGGACUUAGUGGUAGAAGGCUAGGUGGCCUACAUUGAAGCUUUUUCAAUCAAAUCUAUAUUAUAAUUAUGUAUAAAGACAUUGUAUAGAAGCAAUGUAGAGAUCCAACCCAAAUAGUUUAUAUUUUGAAAAAAAGUAUUUUCAAGCAUGAA